AAAGGAUAGCUAGCUCCUACUAUACUUUGCUGUUGCUUUUCCCCUUCAAAAUAAAUCUUCAAUCUCACCUCUCCAUGCCAGAGCCCUAUAUUACGUUUGGAGCACACUACCUGCUCGUCCAAUCCUAUCGAAACUUCGAGGUUGAAAUAAACUAGAUAGAUUAAUUUGGUAUCUUUAUUUCAAAAGACUUUUAGGUUUCUCUGUAAUCCUAGGUCUGAUGUAUAUGGUGAUCUUCCAAAUUUGAAACUCUGUUUCUUAUCUGCAACUCAUAUAGUUUGGAGAUACUCUUUUCUCUGACAACUUAAUCCCAGAAACCUCACAUCUUUAGCUUUUCCUCACUGUUUGUCAGUCAAAAGCCUAAACGCGUAUCUAUUAUUACCUGGGUUUUCUUUUCGUUUCCGUACCUUAUACAGAGUUGUAUCUGUUUCUUUCCUUCAAGGAUUUAGUGUCUUCGUAUUCAAGAUACUUGUGCCUAGCCUAGACCUUCAAGGAUCCACUUUUCCGAAUCAUACAGAAAAAAGAGGAUUCGCAUUAAUGGAGAUAUCAUCGGCCAAAUGGCUUUCUGAACUGGAAAUGGAUGAUUUCGAGUACAUACAGCAAUGCGACAUGACCACUCUUGAUGAUGGGUUUGCCACCGCAAUGCGAGAGAACUUUCAACACUCUCUCUCUUCUGAAAGCCACUCUUCUUACCCUGCUUUCAAUACCAAAAACACAAUCACCACCAACACCUUUAGUAAUUCUUCUUUAUCUCAGAACAGUUUUGAGAGGCCCGCCAAACAGACAAAGACUAACAAUUGGAACUCUGGCAUCACAGGGCAUGGUUCAAUACCAAAACCUUCUUCCUCCUCCCAUAUUCUUUCAUUUGGGAACUCAAAUUCGUUGCCAGCGGACUCUAAGCAGUUCUUUAGAACUCUCGACUCUUCUUUGAAGCCGAAGGAUGAGGUUGUUUGUCAAGUAAAAAAACACCUACCUCUGAUUUCCAAGGGUUCCGCAGAGAACCAAAACCAUGGGACUCAGAAAACCAACUCAAUGACUAGAACACACUCAAAUGCUCAAGAUCACAUAAUGGCAGAGAGAAAGCGUAGAGAAAAGCUCAGCCAACGGUUCAUAGCUCUUUCAGCCAUUGUUCCUGGCCUUAAGAAGAUGGACAAAGCUUCUGUCCUUGGUGAUGCUAUCACGUACGUGAAAGAGCUUCAAGCACGUGUAAACUUGCUGGAGGAACAGACGAAGAAGAGAACUAUGGAAUCUGUUGUUUAUGUGAAGAAGGCUCAGCUCUCUGCUGAUGAUGACACCUCUUCAUGUGACGAGAACUUUGAUGGCCGCUCAGACGAGGCAGCACUCCCCGAAAUAGAAGCAAGAAUUUCAGAGAAGGAUGUACUUAUCCGAAUCCACUGCGAGAAAAACAAAGGAGCUGUAGUGAGAACACUAGGCGAAAUAGAGAAGCUUCAUCUAUCUGUUGUCAAUAGCAGUGUCUUGCCAUUUGGGAACUCCACACUUGACAUGACCGUGAUUGCUCGGAUGGACAAUGAAUUCGACUUGACAGCAAAGGAUAUAGUGAAAUGCCUACGUUUGGCUGUAUUAUAAAUUAUAUGUGAAUUCAACAUGGUAGAACAAGAUCAGUUCAUGCACUGAAGACCGCAUUCUAAUUUGAAACUAAACAUCAAGCUCUGGAGAAGAGAAGUCAAGGCAUGCGGACAUACAGCUCCUUUCUUUUUCAUUUUGUUUUUUUCUUUUUUGUCCAUGUGCAAUUACCAACGCUUGUAGUCUUGUUGGCAGGUUCUAUGUUCUUUGUGGAGGGUUUUUUCUCGUUCUAAUCGAUUUUUCCGCGGUUGACUUGUUGACUA